AUGCCGUGGCGUAAGGCAUGGGGUCUCACGCGCGAGACACUUCCUGUCAUGCUAUGUGCAUUAGCAGGUCUACUGCUAUCUGGUAUGGAGCUUGACCACAUGACCACAUGGAAGACUUUUUCCAAGGUCGAUAAAUUCCUGAUUCUAGUACCGAUUAUGCUAAAUCUCAAGGGCAACCUCGAAAUGAACUUAUCCUUACGUAUGGCCACAGCUGCAAACAUUGGGGAAAUUGACAAUUGUAGGACACGUCAGCUGAUCGUCUCGGGUAAUAUGUGGCUCCUGCAAGUUCAGGCCCUCAUUGUCGCGAGUGUUGCAGGCAUUUUAUCAUUUGGUCUGGGCGCGAAAGAAUCUCAUGGAGAUCAGCCAGAUUUAACUAUGCGUGGACCCGUACAUUCUGGAAAGCCUAUUUUAGACAAAACGGCUCGGCUCCGGGAUGGAUAUUUCGAAUUUGCUUUGGUCUUGGCUGUCUCACAACUUGCGGCAUCGAUGUCAUCCGCCGUCCAAGGAUCAUUUAUUUGCGCAUUAGUUGUGUGGGCACGCAAGUCUGGUUUUGAUCCUGAUAAUAUGGUGAUUCCUAUUGCCGGGUCUUUGGGCGACUUGUGUACACUUACUCUAUUAGGACUGAUUGGAGCGGGUCUUUUGUACUUCGAGGGAACGGGCAUCGCCACGCUUCUGUUUUUGGGGCUCAUUACAUUGUGUGUUGUCUUCAUGCUCGCUACCUUACGAAAUGUUUAUGUACGGGAGCUUCUUGCGUGUGGAUGGGCUCCAUUGUUCGUUGCAACAGGAUUGAGUUCCCUCGCAGGAGUGAUUUUGGAAAAGAAUGCUUCACAAUACCCCGGAUACCCGCUUCUUGCCCCUAUUGUUGCUGGUAUGCCGAGCAUCGCCGCUGCUGUACAUACGUCACGAUUGACUUCAUCGCUGCAUGCCCAUACAUUCAGGGCAAAUACACGACCUGCACAUCCCUCCUAUAUGCCCCUUCAAGAGCAGGUCAUCGAGGAUUCUACGUCACCACCUCAAAGAUUAGAUCCAGCAUCGCCUUUCCAUCUUGUAUGGUGGAAGCAAUUUGGAUCACAGCUGGUUGAUUCCCUGCAACCUCAAAUCGACGAAUGGACUACGCCUAUCACUAUCAUUUUAAACGUUGUUUUGAUACAAGCCAUAUUCAUGCUUAUUUUACGAGGUAUUGGAUCCUUGCAAUUUGGUGUGAUGUUUUACAUGUGCGUGAUUGUUCUCGUCUCUAUCUUGUCUGUUUUCGCACUGUUCUUCGCUCACACUCUGUGCCUCUUUUUGUGGUACUGGGACUAUGAUCCAGACACAACAUGUAUGCCAUUCACUACGGCUAUUGUUGAUGUAUGCGCCCAGCUUAUCCUUUUGCUAGCAUACAAAAUGGCGCAGACGCUCGGAGAUCGAAUCAUAGCUCUUUGA